AUGAACUUGCACAGUUCAGUCGUCCUAUUUUCAACGCUCAUAUUUGUAAAAUCCACACUAGCACAGUGUCCAUGGCAGAAAGAUAUACCAGAUUUGCAAACAUCCUGUCUAUGUGCCUACAACUUGGGUCAGGAGCUCUCUGUUCAGUGUGACCAGGUUGAUUUUGCUGUAUUAGUGGAUGCCUUAAACAAGUACGCCAAAGCGAAACCCAUUGAUUUACUCUACGUGAAUAAUUCGACAGUAGAAUCCCUAGAGAAUAAUGUAUUUGCCAAUUUGCGAUUGCACAACAUGCAAUUGAGUAGCUGUAGCAUAAGGAGCAUCAAGGAUGGGGCUUUUAGUGGACAGGAGCAGGUGCUGAAAAACCUCAAUUUACAGGACAAUUUACUCACGGAAGUUCCUAUGAAGGCAUUAAAGAUCCUUGCAAUACUAAACCUGCUGGAUUUAUCCAAGAACCACCUCACAAAUGUACCAGACGAUGCCUUUAUCGGUAUGACCAAAUUAUCCACACUCAAGUUGAGUGACAAUAAUGUGACGCUGGCUGGGAAUGCCUUUCGUGGCAUCGAGAGCACACUGAAGAAUCUGAACUUGAAAGGCACCAGACAGAAGCGAGUGCCCGACGCCGUGCGUGGCCUCAAGAGUCUCGCAUUUUUGGAUCUCUCCCAAAAUGGCAUUCGAGAGCUGCCCGGAGCCGCCGGCGUGAGGACAUUCGAGGGCCUGGACUCCCUCACUGCACUCAAUCUCGAGCGGAAUCUCAUUCAGAAUCUGGGCGAGACCGCCUUCACGGGUGUUCGGCGGACGCUGAGCUCGCUCAGUCUGCUCAACAACCUCCUUCCGGAAUUCCCCGUUGGUGCCAUACACUCGCUCAAGGAGUUGCGCGUCCUCGACAUUGGUUUCAAUCUACUCUCGCAGCUGCCCGAGACCGCAUUCCGCGGCAAUCCCAGCAUCACCCUGCUGGCACUCGACGGCAAUCCGCUGCCCACGGUGCCAGAGAAGGCGCUCGCCCACUUGAACAAGACGCUGCGCGGCUUAUCACUUGGAGGACGCUUCUUGCACUGCGACUGCAAGAUUCGAUGGGUCGCCGAGUGGAUAAGGAAUGGAGAUUUGCAGGUGACUUCGAGAGAGAGAAAUCCCCAAUUCUGCGGAACACCGAAUCGCUUCAGGGAUCGUGGCUUCUAUUCAAUUCAGCCCGACGAGCUAACUUGUCCGGAAUCAGAGAUAGAUCUCAAUGGUCCAAUUGGUGUUGUUGACUCUCUCGUGCCAAAGCUCACCGAGCCACCACCAUCAUCCACUUCUGCGGGCAGCAUUGACAGCAGCACAACAAGCAAUAAUCCACUCACCACCUCACCCACCGGCGGCCCUGUGAUCAGCUCAAGCUCAGCCACACCGACAACAACCGGUGGCACAACGACCAAGACCACACAGCUUCCGAAUAAGGCGACCGCAAAUAGAAACUCGCCAAAUUGGCGCCAACAGAACUCAUCGGCACACAAGCAACGACCACCCCUGGUUCUUGGAUUUCCGCCACAGCGUGGAACCAAAAUUGACGACUCCAACGAGGUUCAAGUGAAGAAUGCUUUCAGGCAAGACAGCUCAGUUAUAAUUCAAUGGGACUCGGACACAGCGAAUAUUUUGGGCUUUCGCGUUGUUUAUCGCCUCUUUGGCGAUAAAAGCUUCAAACAGGGACCACCACUGGAGGCCAGCGAGCGUGAGUUUAAGAUAAAGAAUGUGCCCUCGCAGGAGUGCAUUGUGGUGUGUGUGAUAUCAUUGGAGGAGAUCAAUGUGACACCGGAAAAUGUGCCUUACACACAAUGCCGAGAAGUGCGAACUGUUUCAUCUCAAACAUCCAACAUGGAUAAAAUCACCAUUGCGGCAAGUGCAGCUAUUUGUGGUACAAUUAUCGUGGCGGUGAUUGUCUUCAUAGCGGCCAGCAGACGCCGAUCACGGAAGCUCCAGUCGCUCCACUCCACGCAGAAGAGUCCGUUACCCAUCGCUGGCCUCCCCGUGAACUGCUGUGGACCCACGGCGAGCCCAGGAGGGCCGCUCGGCUCCAUCGCCACACUGUCUGCCUUCAAUAAUCACAAGGAUUGGGAUCAGGUGUCAGCCUACAGCGGCCGCUCGAUACCACGACCACGGAUCUACCCACUGGAGAAUCCCGGCAUCGCAGACGACCUGCGGAGUCACGUGUCGCACUUUUCCGCCCUCGGAGCCAAUCCCAAAGUCGGCAAGGCGCGCUCCAUCGCCGACGGCCAGUCGCAGCACAGCUUCUCCAAUCACUCGCAUCGCGGCUACCUCGGCUCGGCCUUUCCCACGAAUCUGGUUAAUUCACGACCAGAACUUCGUCAGUCGCGGCAAUCACUGGCGGCCGCGUCCGAUCGCAUGUCCCGCGCCUCCUACGCAGCAUCGGUCCAUGGCAUUGCUCACAGCGUGGCGUCCAGCACGAGACGCACCAGACCGCGCUCAAGAUCGCGUGAACAGCUUAACGGCGCCCACAUACACUCCCACAGACCCGGAAGCCGAUACUCAACAGCUGGCUCCACGCACACCCUGAACAACUACUGUGACACAUCUGACAACUGGACCGAUCACGACAUGGACAUCUACAUGGCAAGAAACCCUACGACCAGGAACGGAUUGGUGCCAUUAUGAGGAAGGCUUUUGGUUUCCUGAUACUUCGAUAUUAUUUACGAUUGGCAUGAAAUAUUUUGACCAACUCUUGUGUUUUCUCUUCUCAACAUUCUUAAUCGAACAAACUCCAUCGAUAAUUAGGAGACGAAUCGA